UGCAGAGUACAUUCAGGCAUUUUUUUGGACAGAUGACACACACAGAGAGACAUCAACACUCAGUGAUAAAAUGACAGAUCCAAAUCAAGAUGAUGCCAUGGACACUUUUGAAGAGGCAGACUGUGGAGCACAUGAACAGUGUGUCUCUGAUUCAUCUGUCAACAGCCUCAAGAUCAUGCUUCCCAAUCUGAACAUUGUACUAACUGGAAGCUAUUCAGCUGUCCUGUUUGGAGAUGAGAACAUUCUACUAGGAGAAAAACAACCAAAUGUUGAAAAUGCAGAAACAUCCAGGAUUGAUCCUUUACAGAAGAAGAUAUCAGAACGUCACAUCUCUGUGAUCAACAUGGUUGACUUACAUGAUACUAAAAAUGUGGAUCAUCACAUUGGUCAACUAGUCAAUGAAAUUGAAAUCCACACCUUCAUCUUUGUUGUGAGACUGGGUCAGUUAACAGAUGCUGAUAAGAUGGGUCUUGAAUGGCUUCAGAGAGUGUUUGGUGACAAAGUUCUUCAGUUUGUGAUGAUUCUCUUCACCUAUGAGAGAGAAGAAGAGUGUGACACUAUAAUAGAUGAUCUGAAGAAAAACCCUGUUCUGGAGCAGCUGCUGGAGAAAUGUGGAGGAAGAUAUCACACCUGCAACAUGAUGAUGAACAACCUAUCAGAGAUGAGAGACCUGAUGAACAAGAUUGACCACCUGAUUAAUGAGAACAAACAGCAGCGCUACACUAGAGAGAUGUUCAACAUUGCAUCAAUAAGGAGAAAAGAGCUGGAACACCGUGAACAUGAUGAUGAACCCACAAGAAUGGAGAAUACAACAUCAGAGACUGGAGAAAAACACAAGGGAAAAAUCAAAAAGUUUGGAACAACAGGAGUUGGAUCAGAUCAACACCUACAACAGGAAAAGACUAAAAAACUGAAGCAUAUAUUUCACAGACUUAAUCUUGAAGACAGACACCUCAAUAAACUGAGAGUUGCAGAUGUUCUUCAGAUAACCAAACAUUCAUUACAGUCUCAUGAGUCUUGUGCUGAAGAGGAACUGAUUCAGACUUUCAUACAAAAACUACUUAUGAUGAACUACAGAGCAAGAUGCAUUAAAACUAAAGAGACCAAUGAACAGAAUCACACACAACAAAGAGACAAAGAAUCUUUUGAAGAUGAGAGUGAUAUUUUUGAUGUUUUUCAAGAGAUUCCAUUAUCAAACAAAGGAAUCAGUCAAUCUGAGCAAAUCCACCCAAUGGAUGUUCAGAUGGCUUUGUUUCAUUGUGCUGAUGGUUUCCUGAAGCAGCUGAUGGCCACUAAAUGGUCCCAGUGUCAGUACGCUCUGCCUCUGCUUGUUCCUGAUCCAUUCACACAACAGAUUGAGUUUCCUCUCUGGACAUUCAGACAAAUCAACAAGAGCUGGAAGAUCAGAAACACCAGCAAUGAGAUCACCAGUCGAAUCCAGCUGAUCUACAAGGCAGAAACUCCAAUGGUGUCUUUCUUUAGGUUUGGAUCUGUGUCUUCAUCCAAGUCUCAGCUGAUGAACAGUUUGAUCAAUGAGAGACACAACACGUUCUUCCACAGGAACUGCCCAGGCAGCAGCAGAACCAGAGUCCUGAUGGAUGGAGUGGUGGAGAUCGCCUGGUUCUGCCCCUCUGGGAAAAACAUGGAUAAAUUCACUGACUGUGUUGCGUUCUGUAAUCUACAUGGUGAUGCAGGAGACCAUGAGAAACAGCUGCAGAUCCUCACUGAAAUGACCUCAGUCAAUGUUGUUCUUCUAACACGACUGGACAGGAAUGACAGACAUGCAACAAAGAUCCAGAACCUGUUCAGAAACAGAAAGCCACUCAUUUGCCUUUUUACUGAGGAUGAAUGUACUGUAACUGAGAUGAGGAAAGGAAAAUAUAAGAUUGGUUUGAAAGAAAGGAAUCAGUCAGAUGUGUCUGAAGAGCUCAGAAAGGUUAUAAGUGACUGUCUCCUAGAAUCAUCUUCUACAUUCAGACUUGAAGAUGUGUCCAAACACUCAGACAUCAGAAUAGAUGAGGAAGAUGAUGAAGACUGCAGGAGAGGACGAGAAGCAGCACAGCAGAUGAUGCGUUUACUAGAGAAGAAAGAUCUGAUAAAAAUCAAAGAAUCAUUUCUGUCUCAUCAGGGGAAACUGUGGCAUCAGUGGAGUCAGAAGAACAAAGAACUACAUCGACCUCAAGGAAAUGAACUAGAAAUGGAAAUCAGUAAUAAACAAACAGAAAUGAAGAAAAUCCGUCAAAAACAGCAUGAAUCUGACAUCAGUGAGUUCAUGAAGCUCUUUAUUAAGGAAAUGAACUCAAAUGCUGCAAAAAAGAUCCAUUUUCUUAAAUGGCUCAGAAUCCUCCUGGAUGAAUAUACAUCAGCUGAUCUUUCUGCUCUACAUCACAAGUACAAUAAAAAGUGGUCAGCAGUUUUAAAAUGUAAAGAGAAUCAUAAAUCUGAACAACUCAAAGCACAACUAAAAGGACUUGAGAGCAUAUCUGAGGAUCUUCAAGCUGCAGCCUUUGGUUUGGAGCACAUCAUGAGGGAGAUCGGUCAGAUCUUUGAAUCAUGUUCAUCUGUGAAGAAGAACAAGAAAGACCUGCAGUUUGACUUCUCUUCUCUCCCAAGUAUUGCAGCAGAGAUGAUGAUCUCUGGAUUUCCACUGGAACUGAUGGAUGGAGAUGCUGCUCAUGUACCUGUGAUCUGGAUCUCUGCUGUUUUAGAUGAACUCAUCCAGAAACUGGGAGACCAGAGAGUCUUUGUGCUGUCAGUUUUAGGGCUUCAGAGCUCUGGGAAAUCCACUAUGCUGAAUGCCAUGUUUGGACUCCAGUUUGCCGUCAGUGCUGGCAGGUGCACCAGAGGAGCUUUCAUGCAGCUGGUCAAAGUGUCAGACGAGAUGAAAACACAGAUGAACUUUGACUAUAUUCUGGUUGUUGAUACUGAGGGUCUUCGUGCUCUAGAACUGGCUGGGAGAUCAACUAGAAAUCAUGACAAUGAAUUGGCCACAUUUGUUGUUGGUCUUGGAAAUCUGACAUUGAUCAACAUCUUUGGAGAAAACCCCUCUGAGAUGCAAGACAUUCUUCAGAUUGUUGUUCAGGCCUUCCUGAGGAUGAAGAAGGUCAGACUGAAUCCCAGCUGUGUGUUUGUGCAUCAGAACGUUUCAGAUGUCACAGCUGGAGAGAAAAACAUGGAGGGAAGGAGACGACUGCAGGUGAAACUGGAUGAGAUGACUAAACUCGCUGCUAAAGAUGAAGUCUGUAAUGAAGAACAUUUCAGUGACGUCAUUAGAUUUGAUGUUGAUAAUGAUGUGAAGUAUUUUGCUCAGCUCUGGGAGGGAAGCCCACCAAUGGCACCACCAAACCCAAACUACUGUGAGAAUAUUCAAGAACUAAAGGAAACUAUUAUGUCUCAUGCUUCAAAAUCAGAUAGAAUGGUGCUGAAAGAAUUAAAAGACCGUAUUAAAGAUCUCUGGGAGGCUUUACUGAAUGAACGAUUUGUCUUCAGCUUCAGAAAUUCUCUGGAGAUUUCAGCCUACAGGAAACUGGAGACCGAAUACAGCAAGUGGUCCUGGAGUCUUCGCAAUGCCAUGAUGGAAAUUGAAAACAAACUACACAACAAAAUAGAAAAUGAAGCAAUUCAUGAGGUUGAGGAAACUGAUCUACAAAGAGAACUGAAGAAGACAAGAGAAGAAGUGAAAAAAUCAAUGUCUGAAUUCUUUGAGAAAGACACAGAUAAAGAUAUACUGAUUCAGUGGAAAACAUCAUUUGAAAUCAAAAUCAAAGAGCUUCAGGAAAACAUUGUGAGAGAAACAAAGAGGAAAUUAAAUGAGGUUCUCCAGCAGCGAGUCCUGAAGAAAAAGAUUGAUUCUCAGAAGACACAUCAUGAAAACACUCUCUUGGAAAAGAGCAAAGAACUUGCCUUAAAACUCAAAGGCAAAGCAAAUGAUGAAGAAACACUGAAGAAAGAGUUUGAUUUGUUCUGGGAACAGAGUGUGAAGAAGAUCAUCAGAGACACUCCUGCGAUCAGAGACAUUGACAUAAUGAGAGAUGUAAAACUCUUUCUCAGUGACAUCUAUGAGGGUCGUCUCCCUGUAGAUCACUGGAGGGAGAGCAGGGAUAUUUUCACUGUGCCAAGUUAUUCAGGUUAUGUACAGUUAAAGAAAUCCAGUGGAUUUACAGGACAUUUUAAAAAUGCUUACAGAUCAGCUAAAGAAAAGUUUGGUUAUGCUCUCUCUAAUGAUGAUGAAGCCCAAAUAAGAUCAUUUGUCACAGAUGUUGCUCUGCAGACGGACAGAAUGAUUCAGUCAUUUAACAUUUCAAAGAUGGGCUACAAUAUCAGCUACAUUCAACAAUUCACAGAUUACAUCAAGGCUAGAGAAACAGAACAUCAGGAAGAAUCAGUGAAUUAUGUGUUCAAGAAUGAGUUCUUCAUUGAUUUUGUUCUUUCUAUCUUUAAGAGAGCAAACACAAUGAUCACUGACCAAUACAGGCUGUUCAGAGAAGCUAAUGAUCCUGUAAUAUAUGUUGAGAAGAAGAGAAAAGAGUACUAUAUUAUUUUCCAGAAAUACUGUCAUGGAGCAACAUCAGCUGCCAUUUUUGGUGUGAUCAUCUGUCAGAAACUAAAAGAGCCCAUUGAGCAGAGUGUCUACAAGAAGACUGCCAGAGAUUUAGCAGAUGAAAUGAGAUCAAACUGUGAAUCACUGAAUGGAAACAGAUCAAAUCUGGAGAAACACAUCCUGAAAACACUUGCAGAAAAGGAGGAUUUUAUCAAAUACAUGAACUACAUUCAUUAUCCCAAAGAUCACUUCAAGAGAUUCAUCAGAGAUGAAGUCAGUCGGUACAUCACUGAUAAGUUCAGAGUCAGUGUUUUACCCAAGAUGAAGGAGAACAUUGAACUCCUGCAGCAGAAGAUCAUGAAAGCAGCACAUGAAUCCACUGAACAUGUUCAAGAGAACACAGAUGUUGGUUUGUGGUUGAAGAGUUUCACACAGAAGAUCUCAGAUGAGCUGAUCUUCUCUGAAAAAGACCUCAGUGGAGUCAAACAUGAUGAUGUUGAUGUGAAACUUCUAGAAGAUGUGAUAAGACACAGACUUCCUGCUAUAAUGACUCACAUUAGCAGGAGAUUCAACACAAAGUCAUUUCCAUCAAAGCUGGACUGUAAGUUCAGACCAGAUGAGCUUCUGAUUGAUCACUUCUGUCAGUGCUGUUGGGUUCAGUGUCCGUUCUGUGGAGUCAUUUGCACCAACACCAUAGAAAACCAUGAUGGAGAUCACAGUGUUUCUUUCCACAGAGUGGGUGGAGUAUGCGGUUUGAAAUUCUAUGAAACAACAAACUUGAGUGUUUGGAUCUGCACAACAUCUGUAGCAAGCAGCAAUCGAAAAUUUUAUGAUAAGGCUGUGAAUAAUUUCUUCCUAUAUAAAGAAUACAGAAAAGCAGGAGGAAAAUAUGCAGACUGGAGCAUCACUCCUGAUCUCUCUGAACUGCCCUACUCAAAGUGGUUUGUGUGCAGAUUCCAAGAAGAUCUGGAAAAAUACUACAAGAAAACAUUUGAGGGGAGUGGUGAGAUCCCAAAGGAAUGGAGAGAAUACUCAAAAGAGGAGGCUAUUAAGAGUUUGGAUAAAUACAUGUAACGGAGCAGAUAGAUAAUGAGACUCUUGCGUCUCCACUCAGAUUCAGAUCACAGUCAGGAAUGAGUUUCACUGACAUUCAUCAGUGAAUCUGAGCUCAUCUACACCUCAGAAAAUUAGAGCUUCAUCAAAUACACCAGAAGAAAGUUAGACAAAAUUCAGUUCCUAACAACAUGUCAAAUUAUUAAAACAACAUAUUUCUAGACAUUGAUAAAGCUCAAAAUGAUUUAUAUUUUAUUACUAAUUAAAGCAGCUUAUUCUCUAUUAUGAAUCAAAAAAGAUCUAUGAUAAGGAUAUUAAUGAAAGAUUGUUGAUGAUAUAUGAUUGAACUGCCUAUAUAGAUGUGUUUGUUAAAGCUAAGUGCUAUAAUCAGAUGGUUGGAGGAAAGUGUGAGAAAUAAACAGCUGUGUGAAUCAACUAUCUCAGAUCUGUCAAUCUGAUUUAUAUGAAAAUCACUCCAGUGGAAACAUACUUCACUCCACACAAAUAAUGUCAACAUCACUGAGGACACAUCAUGGAUUUAUCUGUUUAAAGACCUUGCCCUUAUAUCCUUUAUACACUCAUAUUAUGUGAAACUUUAUUUUGACUUUAGGAAAUGAUGAAAACUUGAAGAUAUCUAUAUCAGAUUUUCAUAUUCUGACAGUACUGUAUUUCAGUCAUUACUAAAAAUUACUUAAGACAUUACUAAAACAUAUCUCAUAAAAAAAUGUUUAUUACACAAAACUGUGAUUGAUGCUCCAUGAUAUUUUAAAGUGAAUUAUUACUUUAAUUUCUGUAAACAAACUGACAUUGAGACACACAGAUGUCUGUAAAGCUGUUUUGAAAUUAUAUGUAUUGUAAAAACAAUAAUGCAUGAUAUUUAAAGUCUGUCUCCUUACAUUCACACUGUUUUGAAGAAUUUAUUCAUUCACAGUGAAAAGAUUCAGGUUUUACUUAAUCUAGACAAGACAGUAUUUCACUAGUUUCUAUUUCCUGGAAAUACACACUGGUGUUAAAAGUAUUCACAUUCAUUACUCAAGUAGAAGUACUAGGGUUCAAAAAUACUUCUGUAGAAGUUGAAGUUUUAACUCAAGCUUUUUAAUCAAGUAAAAGUGUAAAAGUACUGGUUUCAAAACUACUGAAGGUAUAAAAGUAAAAGUAAUGCAAGGAAAAAAUGCCAUUAAGGACAAAAGCUUAGGCUGUGCCACAGGGGCCUAUUGUGCACUAUCCCACCUCCUUAAAACAACAUUUUUCUAAAGGCCAUAAUGACUAUAAUGUUAUAUUAAAAUGUUAAUGUUGAAAAAUUUGGGAUGCACUAGGCUACCUGUUUCAGCUGCAUAUAUGCCCACUGAAAAUGAACGCAUUUUAGUACAAUGCAAAUACAUUAAAGCACCAUAUAUGUGUACUACUGAGCAUUAACAUGCGUUAAAAUAUGAUGAAAGAUAUGAUGACUAGUUGCCUAUAAGUAUUGUAAUGGUGCAACAAGUCAAACUUCAGAGGCAUGUCAUCAAUGACCUUUAUUGGAAUGUAAAUGUACAUCCAAGCUUAGCUGCAGGAAUCUGUGAGGGCAAUGAACAAGAAAAAUGUGGGUAGUUUUGGUGUACCCAGGCUUAGUAACAAUCAGGGCUUGACAUUAAAGGUACAAUAUGUAAUCAUUUUGUCUGCUAGAGGUCGCUAGAGGCCUAUUCAAAACAAAGGCGUAGCUUGAUGAUG